GUUAUGAAAAUUGGCGUUUGAUAAGUUUUUUUUAUGAAAGUUUGACACCUAAAAUGCGCCAAUUUGUACAAACCAUGUGUAAUGGAGAAUUUUUUGACAAAGAGCCUGAGGAAGCAUUUGAAUAUUUUGAUUACCUUGCUGAAAAUGCUCAAUCUUGGGACACAGCUGAUGUGCAUGAUAGGUCUAGGCAAAUUGAGUCUGGUCAUGGAAAAUACACUUUAAAAGAAGAUGAUGAUUUGCGUGCUAAGUUAACCUUGUUGUCUAGAAAAAUGGAAGCUAUGGAAUUGAAAAAGGUAAAUGAAGUGCAUGCUGUCCAUAAAAAUUUAGAGAAGUGUGGCAUAUGUGAGGAUCAUGGGCAUGCAACUAAUGAGUGUCCCACGAUCCCCGCAUUCAAAGAGGUAUUGUUGGACCAAUCUAAUGCUGUAAAUAUGAUACAAAAACCAUAUUCUGGUCCUUAUUCUAAUUCUUAUAAUCCAGGAUGGAGAAACCACCCAAAUUUUGGGUGGAGGAAUGACCAGCAAUUAGCUCCAGCAGCCUUGGCUCCAGGACCCUCUCAACUCGCAAUUCAAGCACCUCCAAUGCAAAAGAAGGGUCUUGAGGAGACGAUGCAUCAAUUGUCAAACACCUUGCAGCAAUUUAUGCAAGGUCAAGCAACAAUCAACAAUCAAAACUCUCAAGCGAUAAAUGACAUUCGGAGCACACUUACAAAGAUGACUACGGCUUGGAGUUCUCAAGAGAAAGGAAAACUUCCUGCACAACCUCAACCCAACCCACAAAGUCAGCCACCACAAGGAGCGGUUGAGAGUUCAAAUGUGAGGCAAGUGAAGGCGGUCACUACUUUGAGAAAUGGUAAGGUGGUGAACAUUCCAGCUCAAGGUUCAGACAAGGCUGGUAAGGUCUCUAAACUUGUACUAAAUGAGGCUGAAAAUGGUGAGUUUGAACAAAAUGAAACUGAAACUGAAAAGAUUUCAUGUCCUGUACCUGCUCCUUUUAUUCAACAAAUUCCUGCAUAUGCUAAGUUUCUAAAAGAUUUGUGUACAGUUAAAAGAAAAUUAAAUGUGCAAAAGAAAGCUUUUCUUACUGAGCAGGUCAAAGAAAAUGCUAAAGUUUCUAGGGAGAUGCAAAGGAGAUUAAAUCCUACUAUGAAAGAGGUGGUAAAAACAGAGAUUUUAAAAUUACUUGACGUGGGAAUCAUCUACCCUAUUGCAGACAGCAAGUGGGUAAGUUCCAUUCAUGUAAUUCCAAAAAAAUCUGGGCUUACCAUUGUGAAAAAUGAGAAAGAUGAACUGAUUCCUACUAGGAUUUCUACUGGUUGGCAAAUGUGUAUAGAUUAUAGGAAGUUGAAUGCCGCCACUAGGAAAGAUCAUUUCCCUUUGCCAUUUCUUGAUCAAGUGCUAGAAAAAGUUGCGGGUCAUGAUUUCUAUUGCUUUCUUGAUGGAUAUUCUGGUUUUUACCAAAUAGAAAUAGCACCCGAAGAUCAAGAGAAAACAACUUUUACUUGCCCGUUUGGCACUUUUGCAUUUAGAAGAAUGCCUUUUGGACUAUGUAAUGCACCGGCUACUUUUCAAAGAUGUAUGCUUAGUAUUUUCAGUGACAUGAUUGAAAACUGUUUGGAAAUAUUCAUGGAUGAUUUUUCAGUGUUUGGCAGUUCUUUUGAUGCAUGUUUGACUAACUUACAAGCUGUUUUAGCCAGGUGUGAAGAGAAGCAUUUGCUUCUCAAUUGGGAAAAGUGUCAUUUCAUGGUUCAACAAGGCAUAGUUCUGGGUCACAUAGUCUCAUCACGAGGUAUUGAAGUUGAUAAAGCUAAAAUUGAACUUAUUUCCAAGCUUCCUAUACCCAAAACAGUAAAAGAAAUCAGAUCAUUUCUUGGGCAUGCUGGGUUUUAUAGGAGAUUCAUUCAAAAUUUUAGUUCUAUCUCUAAGCCUUUGUGUGAGUUACUUAUGCAUGAUGUUGCUUUUGAAUGGACCUCUUCUUGUCAAGAUGCUUUUGAUAAGCUGAAAAUUUUGCUCACCACAGCUCCUAUCAUGCAGCCCCCUGUUUGGUCUACUCCUUUUGAGAUAAUGUGUGAUGCUAGUGAUGUAGCCAUAGGAGCUGUUCUUGGACAGCGUAUAAAUAAGUUCCCACAUGUCAUUUCUUAUGCAAGUAAAACUUUAAAUGGAGCCCAAAGAAAUUAUUCUACCACAGAAAAGGAAUUGCUUGCUAUAGUUUUUGCAUUAGACAAGUUUCGAACUUAUAUUCUUGGUUCUCCUGUGGUUGUUUUCACUAACCACGCAGCGUUAAAGUACUUAUUGUCAAAGAAGGAUGCUAAACCACGUUUAAUCCGAUGGAUUCUUCUUCUCCAAGAAUUUGACCUUAUCAUCAAAGACAAGAAGGGUGCUGAAAACGUAGUUGCCGACCACUUGUCUCGGCUUACAUUUGCUGAAAAGGAUCACACUAACCCUAUCCUUGACUCUUUUCCUGAUGAACAAUUAAUGUCAGUUGAAAAUUUGCCUUGGUUUGCUGACAUAGUUAAUUUUUUGGUGACAGGACAAACUCCACCCCAUUGGAGUGCUCAAGACAUGCGGAAAUUCAAGCAUGAGGUAAAGUCAUUCUUUUAUGAUGAUCCUUACUUGUUUAAAUAUUGUUCUGACCAAAUCAUAAGGAAAUGUGUGCCUGAUCUUUCCACUCCAUAUCACCCGCAAAUGAAUGGGCAAGCUGAAUUAGCUAAUAGGGAACUUAAGCACAUAUUAGAAAAAACAGUCAACCCCAACAGAAAAGAUUGGUCUUUAAGGCUUACUGAUGCGCUUUGGGCUUAUAGGACAGCCUUUAAAACCUCUCUUAACAUGUCUCCUUAUCGCUUGGUCUAUGGAAAGGCAUGUCACCUUCCCGUUGAGCUUGAACAUAAGGCAUAUUGGGCUGUUAAACAAUUUAAUUUUUCUAUUGACCAUGCUGGUUCUGUGAGAAAAUUUCAGAUUUCAGAAUUGGAUGAGCUUAGGCGAGAUGCAUAUGACAAUUCUAAAUUGUCAAAGGAACGCAUGAAGGUAUUACAUGACAAGCACAUCCAAAGAAAGAGUUUUGAGCCGAAUGAGCAAGUCUUACUUUACAAUUCCCGCCUCCAUCUAUUUCCAAGCAAAUUAAGAUCGAGGUGGAGUGGGCCUUAUGUAGUUAAAACUGUGUUUCCAUAUGGAGCUGUUGAGAUUACUAAUCCUCAAAAUGGAAACACUUUCAAAGUUAAUGGCCAACGACUUAAACAUUUUUUGGCAAAACUUUCACAUGAGGAUACUUCCAUUCCUUUAGAAGAUCCCACUUAUUCUCAUGGUCCUUAG